CCAGAUGGUUCAUUUGCCGAGCAUGGUGAAGUGGUCCACAAGGACGUGCAAGGAGGCGCUAGCCAAGGAGGUCCAGCCCUCACUGCUUAUGUUGUAGUAGCCCUUCUUGAAAAUGGAAUACGGAAUGAAAAAGCGAUCGCUUAUCUGGAGAAUCAUCUCAGCGAGAUGAGCGCUAACGCAUAUACAUUGGCCGUGACCACAUACGCACUAUAUCUUGCAAACAGUCCCAAAAAGAAGGAAGCUAUGGAAGCGCUGGAGAAGCUCAAGAUCGUUGAUAAAGGUAGGUGGGACUCAAUUUUAUGGUGCCGAGAAGGACGAAAUUUGAGACAUGGCUAG